GGCAUAUUUCGACGCCUGCGAGCGGCUCGCUGCAGGGCAACCGCGGGAGGCGCGCGAGGCCUUCGACCGCUCCGAGGGCGCCGCCGCCCUCGUGGCCGGUUGCCUGCGGAGCCCGCUCGGCGUCGCCGCCGCGGACGCCGCGCCGCCGAGGGCCGCGUUCUGGGAGCACGUGGCCUCGCUCUACGCGGCCGCGGGGCACCCCGCAGAGGAGUGCGACCUGCUGUGGCAGGCCGCGGCGCUCGCCGAGGAGGCCCUGGAGUGCCCCCCCGCUGCGAGGGAGAGGCUGUGGCGCGAGGUGUUCGACAAGGCCCUGGCCGUCGGGGCGUGGAGCCAGGCUGCCAAGUCGCUGGAGCACAUCGGCUCCUUUGAGGGUCGCCUCAGGCUGCUGGCGCAGAAACUCAGGAGUUGCGGCAAGAUCGAGCUGAUGUCGGGGCUGCCUCCAGCGCACCGCGCGGUGUUCAUGAGCGAGCUCCAUGAGCGGGCUGCCCCCGUGGCCGUCGUUGCCGCUGCCACCGUUGCCCACGUGGCCGUCGCCCGUCGUCCAACGCCCAUCGUCCAACGCCCGUCGUCCGUCGUC